AUUCGGAUCCUCUGCACAACUUUGAAAUUUACUAGAACCUGCCAAGGUUUAGGGUUUAUGGUGGCUUAACCCUGUCCGCCACUUUCUCUCCUUUUCUUUUCCUCCCUCUUCUCCCUUCUUUCUCUCUUUCUCCAUGAGAAAACCAAUUUGGUCCUCAUUCAGGUAAGCUCCAUAAAUUCCUCUACACGCACAAAAAUAGAAUUUAUUUGGAUUUUGCCUUUGUUUGAAAGUUGGUUUUUUCUAAUGGCACGAGGCCCUUUUGCUUUUCUAUUUCGAGCUUGUGCAUCAAAAAGAAACGUUUAUAGGGCUAGGUUUUCACUCUCGAAUCAAAAGUUCCAAUCUUUAAGACAAUUGAACAACUGUGCGUUAGAAACUCAUCAAUUUAAUCCUCCUUUUGAUGUGCCUUUUCGUCAGUUCUCUACAAGUUUGAUAGAUGUAAUUCAUUCCCAGUUGCCUUCAAAGAACAUGAAUUUUACCUUUUCUAGUCCCAUUAACGGGAGGAAUUUUUGUUCAUCACCCCUGGAUGGGGUUGAUGAAAAUAGUGGCAGUGUAGAAUUAGAAGAGAAUAGUAAUGUGGAUUCUUUAGAAAGUGUUAGUUUUGGAGGUGUUAAUGAGAAUGCAAUUGAAGAUGGAGUUGGUGGUGUUAAAGAGAGUAUUGUUCUUGAUUCAAUGACUGUUGAAGAGGAAAAUGAUAACCGAGAUAUGGGUAGCAACAAAAAUAUAAGGAAAGAGGAUUUGCAAUUUCGUGAUCCCGUAGAUAUAUAUAGUGAGCUUCGAAGUCAUGAAAAGAAGGAUAAGCUGAAACCGUCUGAUUGGCAGACCUUAGAAGAAAUAUUCAAUUAUUUUACCAAUUCAGGAUGGGCUGCAAAUCAAGCUCUUGCAAUUUAUAUUGGCAUGUCAUUUUUCCCUACUGCUGCUCAUAAGUUUAGGAAUUUUGUCUAUAAGAAAUGUUCAUCUGAGCUUGCUUCGUUCUUGGUUUUGCUUGGUCCAUGUGAUGCUGCUGUUAGGUUCCUUUUUCCCUUAUUCGUUGAAUAUUGCAUAGAACAGUUUCCUGAUGAGAUUAAGAGGUUUCAUGCUAUGGUUGAGUUCGCGGACCUUACAAAGCCACACACAUGGUUUCCUUUUGCACGGGCAAUGAAACGAAAAAUUAUAUAUCAUUGUGGUCCAACAAAUAGUGGUAAAACUUAUAAUGCAUUGCAACGAUUUAUGGAGGCUAAGAAGGGUGUUUAUUGCAGUCCACUCAGGCUUUUGGCAAUGGAAGUUUUUGACAAGGUGAAUGCCCAUGGGAUUUACUGUAGUCUUCAUACAGGGCAAGAGAAGAAAAAUCUACCAUUCUCAAACCAUGUUGCUUGUACUGUGGAAAUGGUUUCAACUGAUGAAUUGUAUGAUGUGGCUGUCAUUGAUGAGAUCCAGAUGAUGGCUGAUCCGUUCAGAGGUUAUGCAUGGACAAGAGCUCUGCUCGGUUUGAAGGCUGAUGAGAUUCAUUUAUGUGGAGAUCCGAGCGUCUUGAAUAUCGUCAGAAAGAUAUGUUCGGAAACCGGUGAUGAAUUGCUUGAAAACCAUUAUGGCAGGUUCAAACCAUUAGUGGUUGAAGCAAAAACCCUGUUGGGAGAUCUUCGAAAUGUUCGAUCUGGGGACUGUGUGGUUGCAUUUUCAAGAAGAGAGAUAUUUGAGGUAAAAUUAGCAAUUGAGAAGCAUACUAAGCAUCGCUGUUGUGUUAUUUAUGGUGCCUUACCACCAGAGACUCGAAGGCAGCAAGCUAACUUAUUCAAUGAUCAAGAUAAUGAAUUUGAUGUGCUGGUUGCAAGUGAUGCUGUUGGGAUGGGUCUGAAUCUCAAUAUUAGAAGAGUAGUUUUUUAUAAUCUCUCAAAAUACAAUGGUGACAAAAUUGUUGCAGUUCCAGCAUCACAGGUGAAGCAGAUUGCUGGAAGAGCAGGCAGGAGAGGAAGCCGCUACCCAGAUGGACUCACCACCACCCUGCAUUUGGAUGAUCUGAAUUACCUGAUUAAGUGUUUAAAACAACCUUUUGAUGAAGUAAAGAAGGUGGGUCUCUUUCCUGUCUUUGAGCAGGUUGAAUUAUUUGCUGGGCAACUUCCAAAUGUUACUUUUCCCAAGCUGCUUGAAAAGUUCGGUGAAAACUGCCGUCUUGAUGGGUCAUACUUUUUGUGUCGGCAUGAUCAUAUAAAGAAGGUAGCAAAUAUGCUGGAGAAGGUCCGGGGAUUAUCUUUAGAAGAUCGUUUCAACUUUAGUUUUGCUCCUGUCAAUCUGAGAGACCCAAAAGCUUUGUACCACCUCUUAAAGUUUGCCUCUUUGUAUAGUCAGAAGGUCCCUGUGGGGAUUGCAAUAGGCAUGCCAAAGGAAUCUGCUCAGAGUGACUCAGAGCUUCUCAAUCUUGAAACAAAGCAUCAAGUUCUUUCCAUGUAUAUGUGGUUGUCUCAUCAGUUUGAAGAGGAAACUUUUCCAUUUGUGAAGAGGGCUGAGGAAAUGGCAACUGAAAUUGCAGAUUUGUUGGGUCAAUCUCUCAUCAAUGCUCGCUGGAAACCAGAAUCUAGGCAGGGAAGGAAACCAAGCUCUCAGAAUAAGGAAGUUACUGGUUAUCAAAGGCCUAAGUCACUCAUCAAAAGAUCUAAAGAGAGAAGAAAAGAGAGAGACUCACUUCGAAAAAGUUCAGAGGAGGUAACAGCAUAAUGAAGCAAUCAUGCAGAUGCUGGUUGGAUAUUGGAAGUAUGAAGAACUGAUCAAAUGAUCUUGUACAUCCUGAUGAAUCUUAAUUUUGGUCUAUUUGUAGACUCGAUCAUCUUCCAAUCCAGAGUCACAGACGGAUGUGUGCAUGAGUUUUUUAGCCUCAACUUGCAUUAUACAGCUGAAAAUAUGCCCUUGAGUUUUGGUAGGGGCAGAGGAUCAAGGAUGGAUGGUCGGUAACUCGGUAACCCAAGGGUCUGUGAGUGGGUGAUGAAAGGAAAUUCUAGCCCUUUGUACCACAGCAAAUGCAAGCUCGUACGCUUUAUUGAGGUCAUAUUUCAACUCAGAGAUCACAUAUGAAACUUGAUAUAGUAAAUUUUUGUAUUUUAUUCAAAUAGGGAGCUCGUGUAUCCACUUUCUCUGUGAUAUAUAUAUAAAAUCCUCUCUUUUAUGAGUUAUGUUAUUAGA